AGAAAGGUAACUUGUAGAAGCAUCAUCUCAGAUUCUGAUUUCUGUCCGUCUCUCUCACUCUCUCACUCUCAGUUUUACCUUCAUUCGUUGCACCUGAUUAGGGUUUCGUUUAUUCUCCCAAAUUCCAUCCAUGGAGAAAGUCCGAAGAGCAUCGCACGCCGGUUCUUGGUACACCGACAAUCCUAAGAAGUUAUCAGAAGAGAUUGAAGGAUGGCUGAGAGCAUCUGGGCUCAAUAAAUCUCCUGAUGUUCGAGGUGUCAUUGCUCCGCAUGCAGGGUAUUCUUAUUCUGGUCGUGCCGCUGCCUAUGCAUUUGGCAACAUUGACCCAACAAACAUUAAGCGGGUGUUCCUGCUCGGUCCAUCUCACCACCAUUACACUCCAAAGUGUGCUCUUUCUACGGCCACGGUUUACAAGACCCCCAUUGGGGACCUACCUAUUGAUUUGGAAGUGAUUGAGGAGCUUAAAGCUUCUGGAAAAUUUGAUCUGAUGGAUAUUCGCGUUGAUGAGGCUGAACAUAGCAUGGAAAUGCACUUGCCUUAUCUUGCUAAAGUGUUUGAGGGGCACCAAGUUAAAGUUGUACCCAUAUUGGUUGGUGCUCUUAAAGCUGAAAGUGAAGCCAUGUAUGGACAGUUCCUUGCGAAAUAUGUGGAUGAUCCACAAAACUUCUUCUCUGUGUCAUCAGAUUUUUGUCAUUGGGGGUCUCGGUUCAAUUACAUGCACUAUGACAAGAAACACGGGGCCAUACACAAAUCUAUUGAGGCUUUGGACAGGAUGGGAAUGGAAAUAAUAGAAACUGGAAAUCCAGAUGCGUUCAAACAGUAUCUUUCGGAGUUUGAUAACACCAUUUGCGGGCGCCACCCAAUUAGUGUUUUUCUACAUAUGCUGAGGAAUUGCUCAACAAAGAUAAAGAUCAAUUUUCUCCGAUACGAGCAGUCAAGUCAGUGCAAAACUACGAGGGACAGCAGCGUAAGUUAUGCAUCUGCGGCAGCAAAGGUAGAUGCUUAAAAGAUGUACUAUCCUUUAAGACAUUCAGCAAUUUGAUUUUCAUCGAAUUCAUUUUAAUGUUCAACUUAAAGUAAAUAUGCAUUCAUGAACAAUCAUCGGGUUCGCGUGCCCCUGCAUGUAGAUUGAUACUAGUAAUGGAUUGCCCUCGCUGAUUUCUUAUA